GAUCCUCCCGCAGUGGAUAAACCCGCAUCGCGAUGGUCACCGCCGAGUCAUGAUUUCUCAUCCCGCGCACGGCACUACUGUGAAUAGUUACCGGAGAAUCAGACAAAGGAAAAUCACUGACAACGCAGGAAGCCGAGCGGAGAGAGUGAAGGAGUGUUUCUGGAGCGUUUCAGUUUGUCACGGUUUGGACCUGUUGAUCAUCAGUGUGACAGAGGCACACUGAGCGCUCAGCCUACCUGCCGCUCCCUGCUCUGCGCUCACCGACGCGCAAUUAUGUUAUUGUCAAGUUUUCUUAUCUUCACCGUCUCUCACUUUUUGGCGCCUCUGUUCCUCUGUUACCUGCCUCAAGUCUCCGCACAGAAGCCUGGUUCACGGUGGCUGAUCGGAGACAGAGACAGUCACUGUGGGGUCAUCUGCUCACGGACGCAGGGGAAGCCGGUGUGCGGCUCGGACGGGCGGAGCUAUGAGACCGGCUGUGAACUGCAGAGGGCGCGCUGCAAAGAUAAGACGCUGUCACAGGCACACCGCGGCCGAUGUCGAGGUAAAAACUAUGUGAAAAUCGAUCAGUUGCCAGUGGCUCCGGCACCAACGUCCACAUCUGAGGGGAGAGACCUGGAACUCAAAGAUGCAGGUCAGUCCAAGUGUCGUGUUGAGAGGAACCAGGCUUUGGAACAAGCCAGGAGACCUCAGGAGUCCAUGUUCAUCCCAGAAUGCAACGAAGAUGGAACGUUUGCCCAGGUCCAGUGCCAUACGCUGACAGGUUACUGCUGGUGUGUCACCAGUGACGGCAAGCCAGUGAGUGGCUCCUCUGUGCAAAACCGGACCCCGGUGUGUUCAGGAAACUUCCAUGAAUUUAUGGGAACUCAUGCUGCGACAAGUGGAUUGUCAGGGUCAGUAACCGAUAAACCACCUGGGCCACCGAACUCUGGCAGAAAAGUCUCUUUCCGUUUCUUUCUCACCCUCAACCCAGAUGAUGGCUCCAAGCCCACACCCACCAUGGAGACUCACGUCCCCCCUGAGGGCGAUGAGAUAACUGCUCCAACGUUGUGGAGAAAACAGAUGGGUAAGCAGAACAGCUCCACAUCAAGGAGGCAAGAGAAAGUUCCCUCUUGUGACCAGGAGAGACAGAGCGCCCUGGAGGAGGAUCGGCAGAACCCUCGUGAGGCCAUUUUCAUCCCCGACUGUGGACCCGGAGGCCUUUACAAACCGGUCCAGUGCCACCAGUCCACAGGCUACUGCUGGUGUGUUCUGGUGGACACGGGGCGGCCCAUUCCAGGAACUUCCACCAGGUACCAGAUGCCAGAGUGCGACAGUGCUGCACGAUCUCGCAUCUCAGAGACAGAGGAUCCCUUCCAGGGCAGAGACCUGACAGGCUGCCCAGAGGGGAAAAAAGUGGAAUUCAUUACAAGCUUGUUAGAUGCCCUCACCACAGACAUGGUGCAUGCCAUAAACUCACCAGCCCCCUCUGGUGGUGGGAGGUUUGCUGAGCCUGAUCCCAGUCACACUUUAGAGGAGAGGGUGGUGCACUGGUACUUCGCCCAGCUGGAUAACAACGGCAGCCAUGACAUAAACAAGAAGGAACUAAAACCUUUCAAGAAGUACCUGAAGAAGAAAGCCAAACCCAAGAAAUGCGCCCGCAAGUUCAUUGACUACUGUGAUCUGAAUAAGGACAGGGCCAUUUCUCUGCAGGAGCUGAAAGGCUGCCUGGGCGUCAGCAAGGAGGGUAGCUCAACAACAAGUGGCAACCAAGGGACAAGGCAAGGGACAAAUUUGUUCAUAGGUCGUCUGGUGUGAGAAGAGAAGGAUCGAGAAGCUGAGACGAGAGCAGAGGGCACAGAGGGAAGGCAUCUGUACGCUUGCUGACAGGAAAGAGAAAGACGGAGCAGAAAAAUUACGAAGUUCCUGAGUUUUAAAAAAUGAACAGAAAAACAAGAAAAGAAAACGAAGCGGCGCCAAAAUAUUUGCACUUUCUCCUCCCUAUGUUUGACAUUUUAUCUGUUUGUACGUGUUGUUUUUCUCCUGAAGUGACUGAAAAGGUCUUGGUAAGAGUGAGAAUAUAUUUGUAAAGAGAUGACCGGCUUACUGCUGGAAGAGCAAGAGAGUAUGUUCAUGUUACCACAUUUCCCCAUGUUCACAGCCUGCCACAUUUAGUGACUCUACAAUUAAACAUACAUGUCCCCUGUUACAUAUAGCAGCAUGCAGGCAGUGGCAGCCCACUAAAGAGGAGCUUACACUGAGCUUCACUGAGUCCAAAUGUUGCUUCAUACACACAAAUUCCUAAAGGAAGAACUAUGGCGAUGUAGACCAGUUCAAAAGAAUAUGUCAUGUUGUAUGUUGAACAUCCAAUAUUAAUUGAACCACGUGCAUUAGAACUAAGCUGUGAUCACAAAGUCUAAUUUAUCAGCACAGAGUUAGCUGUAUGAAUCCCCCUGGCACUGCAAAGAAGCAUUUUUUAGAAGGAUUCACAUUUUAGCUCAAGAAUCAGAUGUUUCUGAACAAAAUCUGACGUGUGUUGUGUCUGUUUUUUGUUCGCUAAAUACCAGUGUUGGGGAAAGCUAGCUGUUAGCAAGUAGUUACUUUACUGGCUAACUUAAAAGUACUUUUUGUGCAGCCCAAAACCAAUGCAAGGCCAUCAUGUUGUAUGUACUUUGUUGUUUUCUCAGUUUUUAGCAUGUUAUCUGCACAAGAUGCCUUGAGGUUGUUUUUCUUCAUGUUUACAAAGUUUGUGCUAACAAAAAAUUAAACAACAUAAUUAUAUUUGGAAAAAAAAAACAAAAACACAAAACAACAUGCUGCUCAAAGCUUAGGAGACACACUCCAAAACUAGAGACAACCCUGAAAUAUUGCUGCCUUAUAAAGUUAUUGUGCCUAACAUUCUAGCAACCGGUCCCCCUCUUAGAGAUGUAGCCAACAACAACAUCAUCCCAUCCUAAGGUUAAUAUUCACUUUCUUUUAGCUCUGUUUUGGUUUCCAUCAACUCCAGUGAAAAAUAUCUGGCUUAUUAGCAGCUAAACGCUCCACUUUGUUCACAAGCUAUCUGCUAACUGUGUCUGUUUGGUGCUAAGCUGGAAGUUUACAGCUUAGCUUGGAUUUAUUUUGCAGUUUGAUGAGAGCACUGAGACUGAACUAUCCUUUAAAAACAAUGAGCUAAAAGAGGCUGAUAGAAAAAUGUUGAUUAAUGCAGCUUUAAGUUCAAACCACAAUGAAGGCCACUGCUUUACACGGAUCUUACUAGGCUAGUUUUCUCUCUCUGCUAAGUUGAUAUUAAUAUUCAUUUUCUACACUGUCAAAAACAGUGAAAGAGUCUGGCAUUUCCAGCAUGUUUAUGUUGAAUUCUGUAAGAUAUUGAAUUUUGUGUGUGGUGAUCAAGAGUUCCUUGGCUUCUACUGGUUCCCAUUACAAAUGACAACAUUAACAAAUCACUGUCCCCCUGGUUUAUUUUCCCAAAUUGGAUUACAGUGCAGAACAAGAGUUUAAAAUAUUCUUAAUAGUACCAAGAAAAAGAGGUGACUGAACCCAACCAGUAAAUGUAAGUAAGUCAGAUGUUUCCAUGGGCCAGUGUCCCAUUAAUAUCAGCUCAUUACAGCUGCCAUAUUCUCGUUUAUCCCUGUCAUUGUAAACAAGCUGUGGCAUUUACAAAUGCCAGCCCCUAAAAUAAAUAUCUGAGUAUGCCCAGUAAUAUCAGAGUACAAUUUGUGUAUGCAAGCAAAUUCAUUGUCUGUCCUCCAACAGUUGAUGUCAGUCCUGCUUUGUGAAACACUUACCACCGCACAUACUUGGAGCUUUGCCACCUUAUGUAAGACAACGCAGUAAGUCUUAAAAUACCCCCCAGGGUGUCCGAUUAACGGGAACGUGACGGAGCAGGGAGGAAAAACACUAGAGAAAGACGUUAUGAACAAGUUUUGGAAUGUGAAAAAUUAAAUUUCAUCCUCACAUUUGGGAACAAUUGAGUUUCAAGAAAGGAGAAACUGCGAGUUGCUAUUGUGGUCUGAAUGCUUGUGUAUUUGUUUUUGAGUUGUGUAUUUCUUACCAUAUUCCCAAGAGUCACUGCAGUGGCUCAUGAAUGCAAGACAAAAAAAAAAGGCUCCUAUUGUAAAUAUGUACAAUAACCUUUAUUUGUUUGUUUGUUUUACUAAAUUGCAUUGUGGGGGGCAUAUCUGUGUUCACUUACUUCACUGUCAUUCUGGCUUAUUGUUAAAAAAAAAAAAAAAAAAAUCAACUUUUUUUGUGUUUACAUCAUGACAAACAUUAGGCUAUUACAGUAGCUAAUUCACAACAUUGAAUUGCGUAGACCAGACUGUAUGUUAUCAGCUCAGAGCAGUGUUUAUUUUAUCUGUGGUGGGCUUAUUUGACUUUUUCAGCUUGUGUUUUACAAUUACUGUCAUCAUCACUAUACACGGUCAAGAAUGUAUACAGUAUCUGGUGCUUAAUCCACUACAAUCACAUGUCUAGUUGCGUCUAAUUUGAACCGGACAGUUAUGCCAAGAAUGAGAAAAGAAACCUGUCUUUCUUAGAGGGCUGUGCAGUCUCUCCUGAGAGCCUGUUUCAGCCCAGGUUUGAACACUAGGCUUGUGUGUGCGUCUGCUGAAGUGCUUCCAGACGCUGUAGAGCUGCAGAUUACAUGCAAGAUCUAUAACAACAUAACAGGCUAGUAAUCACUGCUAAUCACGAUGGGGGAUGUAUGGUGAAGGAGGCUUACAGAUGACUGUCAGUCUGACAGCAAGAAGCCAAGAUUGUCUUGCUCCUCGCUCGCUCUAAAAAUGCUGAAAAGGCCUGACUGGUUAGUCAAGACCAUCUCAAGAUUCUCUGACAAUAUUUCUUAUUCAGAGCUGAAGAAAUUAGAUCUGCUGGAAAACAAGACUCUGAGUAUUGUCUUUGAGUGAAAUUGGUUGAUGCAAAUUAUGUGGCUUGAGGUGCAGCUGUUUGGCUCGGCAAUGAAAACUUAAAUACUUGUCCACUGUAAUACAGGGCCCAGUUCCUGACCAACUGUAAAAUACUGUUUUAAAAGAGACACAUACAAGACAGAACAAUAGAAAGGACCAAAAAGAUGAGAUCAUGUAAAAGGGCCACUGUUCACUAUUGUCCAAGCAUCUACCUGUUUUGACUCAAGUUGGCAAAUGUAAAAAAAAAAAAAAAAAAUCUUGUCCAUUCUGAGACUGGAACAAUGUUCAGAUGGAUUUUUCUUUUGCAGAACCACAGUGUUUCU